AUGACUCUCCCUCCAGGUAUUACUCCUGCUUUUCCCAACCAAGUGUGCAAACUUCAAAGAUUCCUUUAUGGCUUAAGCCGACAAUGGUUUGCCAAGCUCUCUUCAUUUCUUCUUCAACAUGGCUAUCGACAAUCUGAAUAUGAUCAUUCUUUGUUUUUGAAGAUUUCUGAGUUUUCUACUACAACACUCCUUGUAUACGUCGAUGAUAUUGUGCUUGCAGGCAAUAAUAUUGAAGAAAUUGAAGUUGUUACACGCCUUCUAGAUCAGGCCUUCAAGAUAAAGAAUCUUGGCAAUCUCAGAUACUUCUUGGGUCUAGAAGUUGCCCGUAACAGCACUGGAAUACAUCUUUCUCAACAUAAGUACACACUGGACAUUUUGACAGAUUGCAGUAUGCUGGCUUCCCGUCCUAUUGCCACGCCCAUGGAUUAUACUGCUCGCCUUUCCAUCUCAUCUGGCACACCGCUUCCUAAUUCUUCAUCAUAUAGUCGUUUUCUUGGCUGCUUAAUAUAUCUCACUACCACUCACCCUGACAUCUCCUAUGUUGUGCAUCAUCUUAGCCAAUUCGUGUUUAGUGACUCUGAUUGGGCGAGAUGUCUCGACACUCGUCGUUCCAUUACUAAUUUUUCCAUUUACAUUGGAGAUUCACUCAUUUCAUGGCGUUCUGAGAAGCAACCUACAGUAUCUCGCAGCUCCUCCAAGGCUGAAUAUCGCGCUCUUGCAACCACAACUUGUGAGCUUCAGUGGUUAACCUAUCUGCUGAAUGAUCUCCACAUUUCAUUCAGACAACCUGCUCUUCUCUAUUGUGAUUAG